GUCAAUCUGUUUAGGUUACUUAAAUUAACUUCCUUUUAGUGAAUGUCUCCGUAACAUGGCACCUACGAAGCCAAAGUCUGCGGAUAAAUCCGCUGCGAAGAAAGAAGAGAAAAAGAAGCCAGCGGCAGCACAAGCGAGUGGUUCUACUGCUUCGACAAGUUCUAAAACCCCCGCACCAGCUCCAAAAGCCGCGGCAAAAGCGACAGAAAAGAAACCAAAAGCACCAACGACAAAAACACCCGCCGCUGCUCCCAAAACUCCUGCUACUGCAUCGAAAACUUCCACUGGGAAAGGUGCAACGGCACCCAGCGCUCCGAAAGCUAAACCCGCAGCUGGUAAAGUUGGAAAGACCGCGGGUAAAGGUGCCGCGAAACCAGCAGCAAAAGCAGGAGCUAAGAAACCAACGGUCGGUAAACCCGCUGCUGCUAAACCCAAAGCUCCAGUUAAAGCUAAAGCCGCAACUUUGCUUAGUAAACCUAAGAAGAAUGUUCCUGUUAAGCAACAGAAGGGUUUAGCAAAGAAACCUGCUGCCGGUGCUGCGCAAGUUUCUAAAGCUUUAAAAAUACAGAAAAAGGUAAUCAAAGGUCCUAAUGGCACCCAUUCUAGAAAAAUCCGUACUUCUGUUCAUUUUCGCCGCCCCAAAACUCUGAGACCGCCGAGAACCCCCAAAUAUCCCAGGAAGAGUGUACCCCAUAGAUCCCGUAUGGACGCUUACAAUAUCAUCAAAUACCCUUUGACCACCGAAGCUGCGAUGAAGAAAAUCGAAGAUAACAACACUUUGGUAUUUUUAGUUCACACUAGGGCGAACAAACAUCAUAUUAAGGCCGCCGUUAAGAAGUUGUACGACAUCAAUGUGGCGAAAGUGAACAGUUUAAUUAGGCCAGAUGGUAAAAAGAAGGCGUACGUUCGAUUGGCUAGAGAUUACGAUGCCCUAGAUGUUGCCAACAAGAUUGGCAUCAUAUAAAUGAGAACUCGACUUGUUUUAUUUUUUAUUUCGACGAAAGGAGUUGAGAAUAAAGUUUUUUAAGGUU